UGGUGGUAGUAGUGGUGGCAGUGUGCUGCGGUGGUUUGGCGUACACCCGAAUGCAUCGCGGACCUCCGUCGAUGGGGAUCAUCGUCCCUGGUGAUUGUCGCCGUGAUCCGUCUUGUCACGCGCGAGCCUCCUCCUCGAGGAAGGCCAUCAAAGGCUUCCUUUCGAUUUUCGCACGAUGACGGGUCGAGGAAAUACUCGCUACUGGACCGGUAGGGCAAACGUCGUCGACCAGUGACGAGGAGGAGGAGAUCGAGUGGAGAGUAACCGACACACAAUGGACAGUUCCGCGAGUGGUUAUCGCGAUCGUUACGGCGUCCAGGUGUAAUAACUAGCCGCGAGAUAUCGGGAAAUCUGGUGAACUGGUCUCCGAUGUUGAUAUCGAGCGGCGUGAAUUCGCGAUCGCGGGCAAAAUGACGACCACCCAUGGAGGCCACGUGUAUUACGUGAUCAAGGUGCCCAAGGAGACGGAUGGCAACGAAAGUACGGACAGCGGCUGGGAUAAUCCGUUUCGACCAGACGGCGAUCUUUCGAGGGAAGCCGACGAGAUAGUGGAAUUGAUCAAAGGCGGGAAGCCCAUCACACCGACACCUGGACAAACGGGUCCUCCGUUGCCGGGAUGCGAUGCAAGCAACGCGCAGUCCGCCGUCGAUCACGACUCCAGUUCCAGCCCGUUGCUGAAAUCCACCGCCAACUCGACGAAUCGACACGCCGGCUCGUCGCCGAAGCCUGGCCAGGAAAACGGAAAUGCGCAUGGUACCCCGAUGAAAGCUGCAGCCAACAGCCAGCAGCCUGUCAAUGAUAAGGUUGUCGCAUCGUCGAGAGCAGCUACCGUCGAAGUGGCUAGAAUGACGGCGCAGGGACCAGGCGACGCUUCGCAGGUCGAGCAUGUCACAUUGAAGAAGAAGCCUAAAUGUAAAUGUUGCCUCCUGCAGUAAUGGAUAGGGAACGAGUUAUCGCACGGAUGCCUCGGCAGUCGGACGACGACUCGUCGUUGUCGGGGAUGCGACGUCGCGACCUGGUCGCCGAUAAUUUCGCGGUUCACGUUUCACGUGAUGAUGACGAUAAUGAUGAUGAUAAUGAUGAUGAUGAUGAUGAUGACGACGAUGACGACGAUGGUCGCUGUACGAGUGCCGUGAAGAAGAACAUUGCCGCCUGUUCCGUCGCGUCCCAUCUCUGGGAAACGAACGCGGGAGCGCCGAAUUACGAAAUAGGGGAAACGUGCGAUCGCUUGAACGCGUCGUAUCACUCUCUUUCCCGCAUCGUGUCGCGGAAGAAUCUUCGUGCGUCGAAAUCAGACUGCUCGCGGAGGCGAAGAUUCACGUGAGGGGGAUGCAAGCGAAGUGGUGGUUUAUCGGCACGAGCGGGUAGAGAAGAGGAGUAGUAGCCCCCGUAUCGGUUGGAAAGACGACGUCGAAGCGAAUUCACCAGACGACGCGACACUGAUUGAUACCUGAACGAGCGUAAAAGCACCGAGCCUCUUGAUAGCCUUUCAGAAAGACAGUGGAGUGUCUAUAAAAAGUAAACAGACUGUUUAAAAAAAAGGAGAGAAUUUAAGAAAGAAAAAAAAUAUAUAUAUAUAUAUAUAUACAUACACAUAAAACUAUAUUGUAGAUACAGAAAUGGUAGUUGUAUAGCUUAUAUGCUUUUAUUAUUGUGGUUAAUUACUGUCAAAAUUAUCUCGUGAUUUCGAUGAUACUUUCUCGCGCGGGACAGUUCACGCGCGGAAACGCGGCGGAGCACGAACGAUUGUUGAAAGAAACAAGUUGCAACUUGAGCACAGAAGAAUGUUUUAAAAAAAAAAAAAACUUUACCGAGUUUACAGAACCGCUAUUACUUCGUUGGACAUCGAUAUAAUAUCAUAGAUUCAUAGACUCUCGUUUUUACUAAAACUCGAAAAAAAAACCUUCUAUAGGCCAGAGAUCUUUUACGAAAAUUUUUUAAAAACGUCGCGAUUUUAGAAUUGCGCGCUGUCCGAAAGCUGUGUGACGAUCCGUUGAAGGAGGCGCAAAACUCAAUGAAAAA